AUUCAGCAGCUCGCGCCGCGCGGCAGCAGUCUCUCUCCGCGGCUCGUCCUCUGCACAUGCGGAGGAGAAACAGGUUUCUGUCAGACAAACUAUUUUUAACCCGACAUUUUCCUGUCACCGCGGCACGCGGAGGGUUGACGUAAGCCCGUGCAGGUGACAAAGAUCGGUCGGAGAGCCGUGUUGAUCAGCGGAGUGUAGUUUUUAACAGGCCGGAGCGGAGCGCGCGCCGCAGAGAGGCUGCCGCGUCGUCCUUCUCCUAUCUCCGAGGGUUUUAUCGCUGUUUACCGGAACGUUUUUGCCUUUUUGUGCGUUCUUGUCAUAAGUAGAAUCUCUCCGAUUGGAUUUGACCAGAAACACGUCCAGCUGCUCUCACUGGAUCAUCUCAACCUCCACAUUUCCGCGUUUGGACGUCUGAUGCUCCGGUUGCCUGGCAGCUCCUGUGGCUCAGUGUCUCCAUGGUGAAGUGGGCGGGGUCUGAUGUCAGCUCCUCCUCCUUUUGACCAUCCCACCAUGCCCACCAUGGUUUCUAGGCUUCCGAAGUUUAGCUCGCGGCCCCGGUCUCAGACGACUCCAGCUGCCGCGGCCACCAGCACCACCCGCCUCACCAACGGGUUCUACCACCACCCCGGACCCGCGGAGGUCAACGGCACCACCGCGGCGCCCCCCUCCUCUGCUAAGCAGAAUGGAUUCAUCAGGGUACCAGCUUCUUUUUCCAUGAAGUUGAGAAAAGAAAACGGGAUGGUGGAGGACGGAGGGGCAGAUGGAGAGACGGAGUGGAGGAGAGGAAAAGGCGGGAAUGUCGUCCAGAGUCGCAGCAACUUCCAUCAGUAUUAUUCUCAGCGGCAGCAGGGACCGCCGGUGCUGUUACAGCACGAUGCCAAAAAGCCAGCCAUGACAGGAAAGGGGCGUGUCCCGUCUGCAGCAUCAUCUCCAUCUCCCCAGUCCACCCCGAGAACUCUUCCCGUCUCUAAAACCGGAUCUCGGAGCUCCAAACCUAGCCAAUCCGGGCUGACCAACGGAACCAAACACACCCUACAUGAAAUCCCAGGAUCUAAAUCACGGAGCGGGACCGAGUCCCAGCUGAGACGGCCUCAGAGUUUCUCUCGUCUUACUGGUCCAGGUUCUGGUCUGGGAUCUCGAGCUGGUUCCCCUUCCCAGAAGAAAUCCCCCGCCAACCGCUCCCACUCCAGCGAAAGCCUCGGUUGCCUUACGUCCGUCCAGCUGACGGAAAAUGAUCGCUUCCGGUCGCGCAGCCUCACCCAGGUCCGGCAGCAGCCCUCCCCAACCCUCACCCUGUCCCCCACCUCCUCCCCCUCCCUCCCUCGCUCCCCCAGUACCACCCACUCCUCUAACAGGGCUGCUCAACGGCGAUCUCCAACCUCCUCUAGGCAGGAUCCACUCAAAGCCAGCUUGUUGGGCAGCCCGACGGGCAAAGCUGGAGGUGGCAGAGUUACAGGGAAGUCCGGGGUCAGCGUUCCCUCCCUGCUGCCCCCAUCGGCCUUGAAGAAGCCCCUCCUACUCAGCAGUGGAGUUUCCUCCAGGCCCAGUGGCAUCAGCUAUAAGCUGUCACGUCCGUCACUCAUCAAGCAGUCCCGCCCCCUCCGAGUGACCCCAGCCAACCUGUGUGGAGGUGACCAGAAAUCCAUCCAAGCACCGAACAGAAGGAGAGACUCAUUAGAGACGCCGUCUUCUACAGAGAACAGUCCGGAAGCUCCAGAGACAGAGGGGCUGUCCGCUGACCCGGGGUCCCACGGAGAGGCAUCCAUAGUAGGGGAGACGCUGGAGGACAUGUCCCUGUCCUCCACCUCCUCCUUGGAUAGAAAUGACAUCAGUCAGGAGUACAUGGACGACUUUGACAACCUUGGAAACGGAGGAGUGGGCUUACUGCUGCUCUCAUCCAAAAACGAUGAAGACGACUCUGGUCUGGACCAGUCAUGCACUAGAUUUGAUGAUGUCCAGGUGAACAGGGUCGCCAAGGCAACAGCACUGUGUUUCGUCGAUGAUGGGACAGAUUGGACAGGUGUUGGUGAAGAGCGAGGCGACCAUCAUCUGAGCCGACUGUCCCGCCAGAGAAGGUCCAGCCAGCCGGACUACCAUGACCAGGGUGGAUCAUCCCUGGACCUGUCCCCAUCUGACAGCUGUGGAUCUGGGGGGACUUACAUGUGGGAUGAGGAGGGUCUGGAGACUCUGGGGGGUGUUGCCACAACCACAUCCAUCCACACCAACAGCAACACCACCCACCACAUCGGGAGCUUCGACUCAGACAUCAACAGCAUCGAUCUCUUGAACAAUCUGGACUCCUGUGAUUUGGCUGAUGAUGACCUCAUGCUGGAUGCAGACUUCCCAGAAGAUGCCUCUUUGCACAGUGACUCGGAUGGACUUCCCCUCAUGGCUCAGUGGAGGAGGAGACAGCUCUGCUGGGGAACACAGGAUGUCCACAAUGACAAUGAAAGUGAUAUCCAGUGCUACAAGCUCGCAGAGGAUCCGGGAAAUAAGAAGACGGACAUGGUCAAAGAUGGUGACCUCAUUCUGGAUCUAUGUCCUGCCAGGUCUACCUGUCUGUCUCCUGGGACUCCGAGUUUGGGCCUGGAUGUGGAAGAACUGGCUGAAGACUGUUGUGCUGUCAGGUCCCAGCUGGAGUUCCUGCAGAGGUUACUGCUGCAGGAGGAGGAUGUGGAUGACGACACUCUGACCACAGACACUCUGAGUCCGGAGACCGACAGCUCGUCUCACAGCUCCGACUCACAGGUGCAGGUUCUCCUGCAGGAGGUCCAGCAGCUCAGAGAGGAACUACGAAGCCGAGAUCGCACCAUUGCACAGCUCACCCUCCAGCUGACUGUUCCCACAGUGACCAACAGGUGUUGUUGCCAGGAGACGGCAGAGAGGACAAACCAGCACACUCAGACGAGCGUCCGGGAGAGUGAGAGCGUGGCGUUGCAGACACCGUGGAGAGAACACACUUCACAGGUACUUCACACCUCCGGCCAGGAGGACCAGGAACCACUGACAGACUCAAGUCCACCCCCAUCCCAAGCUCCGCCUCCAGGUAACGCCACCCAGCCUAGAACUCCUGCUGACAGACUCCUUCGCUCCCUGAAAAUCAACCACGCGGUCCAGAGGGGAGGGCAUGAUGGGAAAGUGGAAAGCAGCGACAGGUGUGGAACCUUCAGCCGAUCCCUGCUGCCCCCGCAGUCCUCCAAACUCCGCCUCUUCCUGCCUCACAUCUCCAGCUCUGUCCCAAAUUCCCCAAAGAUGAGGGCGUCCAGGCAGCGGCCGGGUCCUCGCGAUCCAGAUGGUUCAGCCGCUGCAGGGACGAAGCUCAAAGCGCCGGCCUUUACCUCCAGCUCGUCCCGCCUCCCAAAACCAAAGAGCCACUGAGGCAGCCGGGGGUCUGCAAGUCGUCCGGCAUCAACCCGCCGGCCAGCUCUACGCCUCUUGGAGAUGAGGUUUAGUCUCUCACAGUAAACAUGUUUAAUGUUCAUGUUCUGAGCUUUGCUUAAUAGAUUAAAAACAUGAUAUCGUAGUUUUACAUCACAGAAAGAAAGUGAUCAAGGUGCAAAUGAAGACUGAACUAAAAUGUUAUGUAAAGAAAUGAGGAAGAUGGAUCCUGGCCGUUGUCAUGGAGAAAGUAAACGAUGUGUGCCUUCGAUCUGAAAGAAGUUGUCACCUUCAUGCCCUCCAUCGCAUCUCGCAUGUUCUCGUCCCGCUCAUCACUGUGGUGGACAUGGUCUAAUCUGAUUAUCUGAUUAUUGCUGAUUAUCACAUAAUUUCUUUUAAAUAUUCAAUGUCCAUGGACAGUAUUUGACAGUAAGAACCUGGAUGAUGUUCAGAAGCAUGUCUGAUUUGCAGGAAUUCGUCUUUUGGCUUCUUUGAGACUUUUAACUCAACCUCUUCUCAAGGAGAGGCGGUAAAAAUGUAGAAACAAUUGGUCAAGAACACACUUCAUAUCAUAAUCCCAGCUAACUAGCCACCUAGUGAGCUAGCUGCUAACAGUUUUAUUUGUCUAAUCAGCGGUGUGUUCUCUGGCUUUGCAGGAGUUCCUCCUCAUGUUAAUCCCAUCCUUAAAAUCAAAGGAAAGCCACCAAACAAAAGAUGAACUUCCUGUUCUACCAAACAACUCAGAGACAUAAAGCUCGUCCCCUUCUUACGCUCGGUUGUUUUUACUAAGAUUUUUUCUUCAUUUCAUCGUCUUCUCUUGUGGUUCUGCUCUCGGACCUUUAGGAACCUGCUGAACAUCAGAUAAAAGAUGAUUAGUGGAUGACUUUUUCAUACAUUUAGGAACCAAGUCCUUAAAUGGACUGAGGUGGAGGAAAGGAGCCGACAUGUUGGAGGUUUUUCAGACUGCUGUGAUUUGAACAAGAAGUUAAAGUUCUCAGUUUGCUCCAAAUAAUAAGAGUUUUUCACCAGAGAAUGAAGCUCUGCUUGGACCAAGUGUUUUAUGUAGUUUAUACUUGUUCUCUACCACCUUCAGACAGUUUUACCCCAAAUAAAAGAGGCCAAUGAUCUCCCGUCAGCAGCCUGAAGUCCAGAUCUCUGAGGAUGAGAGUCUGAGGCUGUUCAGGGGCUAAUUGGUUAAUAUUGGUUUGGAAAUUUGGAUUUUAAUGUUCUGGAAAAAGUUUUAAACUUCGAAAAGUUCCUGGAACACGAGGAAAAAAGCAUCUGUUGUUAAAACUUCAUUAGUAAUUCUUCAUACGUACUUACUUACCCAGCUAGGCAACUUCAUUUGGCUGCAGUUGGUCAUUUAUGCCACUAGGUGUCACUAAAUCCCACAGAGCAGACCUUUAAAUGACACCUAGUGUGAUAUUUGUACUAAACUGAUCAAAUUCUUCUUAAACCAUCAUCUGUUUUCCUUGUUUUCAUGUGAAUGAAGGUUUGAAACGUGGACUUGGUUUUGUAAGACAGAUUUCGACCAACAUCUUUGGUUUGAAGCAAACUGAGAGUUUUUUUUUUUAUCUCUGAACUGAAGCUCAGUGAAUUCAUCCUGGAGCAAAGCCACUGAAUAAUUUAAACUUUUCAUGGAGGAUGAGCUUUUUCUCUCAAGUGUUUUUUCAGUUGAACAAAACCUGACAUUUGAGCUCUCUUUUGUUAGCUGGAAGAGUUCAACCUUAUUUUUCUCUGCAGGCAGGAUGUCACAUUUCAUUCUGUCCCAUGAAACCAGGACACGUUUCCAGAAACCAUGUUAAUAUUUAGUUAAGUCACCUGGAUUCCUUCAGGAAAACAAACUCGCUGACAUUUUCCCACAUCAAACUUCCCGAACACUAAAAUAUCCUCUCAUUUGUGCCACUUGCUACCACUAUAUGCAAUAAGAUAUGCAACAAAGUCGCAGAUGCAACCCCGUAACAGAGACUGGAAGUAGUAACCAGAAAAUAUGCAACGCCAGCUCAGCUUCAUCACACGUUUCAUUCCGCUGAGUCAUCACUCACACCAAACCGAAAUGUCAGAAAUCCCACAUGCUGGGGAAAAAUGUGCUAUUUCACAUGUUUGGUUUGAGUAAUUAUAAAAGUCUUAAAUUAUCUGUGGUGAAACAGGACAACAGCUCAAGUUGCCUUUUUUUUAGUUAGACAAACAUACGUGCAUUUUUCAUUCAGCUUUUUCUUUUUAUUUAUUUUUGUGUUAUUGACACCUGAUAGAAAAUGUCUGGGUUUUGGACUGUUGUUAAUUCAGCUUUGCAGCUUUUUUUCUUUAAUUCUUUGGAUCAUCGUUUGGUUUCACACAUUUUAACUGAGUUCAGAUUAGAAAAUGCACAUUUAGAGACGGGCUGCUCAGAAUUUGCUCACAUUUAGUCAUUCAGUUUUAUCGUUGGGAAAAGAAAAAUGUCAGCUUUCUCUUUCCGUACACGGUAAAAACUAAAGAUCUGAGAUCUUCUCAAAUCCUUGAAGGAACGUCAGAUUAACGUUAAAUCCGAGACUUUUAUUCGUGUAUUCCUGCUCCUCUUCUUCUUCUUCCUCUGCUUUCUUCAUGACUUCUGUUGUCUUUUUUUCUCUUCAUGUGAAACAGGAAAGAUUCUCCUUUCCUUCCUUUUUCCUUUCCUACCUUCCUUUCCUUUUUGCUUCUCUGUUUAAGUAACCACUGUCAGUCCAGGACUGAACGUGCAGGUGAUACCCAGGUGUCGUAGAUGAAGCUUGUUGCCAUGGUGAUGUAGAUACAGCAACAGCACAUCCCUAAUAUUACUUGGUUAGUCUGGAUUAUUUCUCAGGUCAAAAUCAUCGUCCAGGGGGAAAAUGAAUCAUCAAAUCAAAGAUUGUCUUCAAUCGAGGUUUAAUUUUUCCUAAAAAGAAGAAACGGGGCCAAACCUGAUCAUGUGACCUUCCAUUAAAGUAGAAACAGUCCAGUCUUCCGGCAGCUGUUGGUUAAUGAGUUCUUAUCGUCAGCUUGCAUCAGAGAGCAGAUGGAAGGAUUAGAGAGCAACAUAAAAACAGAUUUAGAGUUUCUUACUGAAGCUUACACGGGAUUAAGCAGGUGAAUAUUCUCACCCCAAAAUCACUCCGGUGGCUCAAACCUGAAGGUCCUUUUCAUCUCCGUGAGGAACUAAUCUGCCCCCCCGCCGACCAUUUAAACUCCUCCUCUGCUGGAAGCUGCAGGUGGCAUUCAAUACAGAUUCACAAAUGAUUUUAAAUCCCAACUUCAUGAUUUAUGUAAAGACUUUCUCAGUAAAAAAUCAAAGUGAAACGACUUUCCUUAUCGCUCACCACAGAAAAGCUUUUGUGUUUUCUUUAACUUGAAGCCAGACAGAUUUUUAAGGUGAAGAACCUCGGCUGUGGCUGCUGCUGUUGGCUACAUCACCAUCGGUUGUUAUUUGGUAGAAGUAACAGUAUGCUAGCUGAAAUAAAUGCCUUAUAGGGGGAAAAAUCCAUGGGAGGAAAAUAGCUUUACAGUCACUCGGUUGUUUGUUUUUAGAAGAAGCAAAAAUCCCCUCAGCUUCUGUUUCAUCUUUUCUACGUCCCCUCCUGCAAGUUAGAACCAGCUGUGGAAACCCUACUGCUGUUCCAGACCUGAACUUUCACUAUUUAACAGCAGUCACACAUCAGCUGUGUCCAAACAACAGUUCAAAACCCAAAAUCGUUCUACAGACGUUUGGAUGGAUUCAGGUUUUGUUUUUUUCCUUUAUUCCUCUGCUGGACCGUUGGUGUUCACAUUAAUGUUAACAUCAACAGAUAAAGUCGUCCUGGUUGCUUCCUCCGACAGCGCGCGGACGUCGUCCUUCGUCUCGUCUCUGAACUCGUCUUCACACUGACAUCUCAUGGUUUUCCUCCGAAGCCACAACACUGUUCAGUCCAGUUCGGACAUAAAUAUUUAGUCUUUGCUCAUGUAAAGAUCCAAGUUCCAGCAGGUUGAAAGCAAUCGUGUGUUUAAUCCAUCCUACAUUCCCACGGCCCAAGUGUUUCGUCCCAGCAUCAAGAUAAAUGUCUGAUUUGUCUCCACAUGAUGUGGAAGUAAAACAAUGAGUUUUUAAGUCCUGAAAAGGCCUUAAAAGUUAUUAAAAAGCCUUGAAUUGAUCUUACAUAUUAAACAGAACUGAGAACGUUGUGUUGUGGAUUAAUAAAUCACACAAAGUUUUGAGUUUUACUAAAUAAAUGAAACAAAUGUGAUGUUUAGAAAAACAUUAAAUGGGAAAGCAGAUAAAGAUUUUCAGAUGUUGUGACGUUGUGCAGGGUUAAAAUCAGCUUCCACUAUAAGCUCCUUGUUAUUUAAACGUAUUUAAUAUUGCUGUCAUAUUGUGUGUCCACUGUUCAGAGAAUAACCUCUUCACGUCUGUUCUGUGUAUAAAUGAACAUUUAUCCACGUUAUUCACUGGAUUCUUCUACUUGAAGGACACAUCCUGUCAUUUAUGUCACCUUGUUUUUUUUUGUGCAAUAACUUUGCAGCUGCAUUAACUCCUAUUUAUUACAAGCUGUAAAAUGUCUCACUGUAAUAAUAAUAAUUGCUGUUGUUGAGCUUGUGAAGCAUCUCAGCCUGAAAAUGCACUUUAAAUGACACGAGGCGACGCUGGCCUUUGUUCAGCUCGACUCUGAAACGUCUUGACUGAUGACUUUGGGUUGUUUUAAUUUGUGUGUGUUUCUGUAUAAAUGCUGCAUUCAUGUCAGAAAACUGAUGGAAAGGCUACAGGCUACUCUGCCUGGACUUGAGAGGCUUCUUUUCUUCAGAAAGCAGGAAAACAUCUGGCUUGCUUUGGCUUCCAGCAGCUGGAAGUCAAACUGAGUCAUGGUCCUUCAUCAUCAGGGACAUUUUUAGGGAUCUUUACAAGGAAUUAAUGUUUAAUACGUGUUUAAUUGUGAACUUAAAGUAAUCGACAGUCACGCUUCAUUUAUAAUGUGACCAACCAUCCUAAACAAUUAGAAUUCAGCAUUAAGAAGCAACUAUAAAGUCUGAGGUCUUCAGUGCGCCCCCUAGUGGACUCCUCUGGUAACGGGUGUAGUACACAAGCUAUUACACUCUUGACGGAGCAGCUUGGCUAAGGAAAAGUUAAGUAUAGCAAGUAUGUUCUCCACCUUGUUGGCUAUAUUUGAUUUAUAAAGCACUUUUUUCCCCGUACACAGACUGUUUGUGUACGAAAAGAAAAGAUUGCUUUACAAAGCAAUGAAAGGAAGAAUUAAGAGAAUAUACAUUUACAAAAAAUAAAAAUCACAGGAACAAGUUUUGGACGACAGUAAAAUAUGAAUUUAAAAGGCAAAUAAAGAUUAAAUCAUUAAUAAGCUUCUUCUUUUGACUGAUACUUUUGAUGGUAAUUCAGACAGCAAAAUAAAACACGGACAUUAUUCUAACCUCAUUUAAAUGGUCUGAUGUCUUUAAUGUAAAUGUCUGUAAAAUAUCUAACAAAAUCAAUAAUUUAACUGGCAAUGAUCAAAUUUUCAGCCUUAAAUCUGUGAAUCUGUUAACCUGAAUUAAAAUCUUGUUUUGUAUUCUUUUUUUAAAUUUUAUUUUUACUUAUUUUAGGGUUUUUGUUUUGUCCCACUUUGACAAGUUUUACAGUGCUGACAACAAAAGCACACGUACGCUAGCGGCUUAUUAAUCUGUUCAGGCUUAAUGUACAGUUUUCUCUUUGAGCAGCAUUAAAAUCUGUUAUUUUACCUUCUUAUUAAAGAGAACAGAGCAAAGUCUCACAUAUGAGGCAAAAUGUAGUUGCAUGAUAACAGGAAGUUGUCCCAGAAGAUGGUCAUUCAGUUUAAUCUGAAAACUUCAGAUGGUCUCACAUUUCUGACCGAUAUGAACGCAGCAUUAAAGUUCGUCCUAUUACGUCUGGACAUCUUUAUUUUUACAUUUCAUCCACUCUUCCUGGCUUUCAUACAUUCAUUACCAGUACCAAACAUCCGUGUACAGCCUGGUCUGAAGCCUGUAGCUGAACAUGAACGCAAUGCGUCAGGACGUCUGUCAGCUCUGCUCUCAUUGGUUGAAAUGUUAACCCUGCUGUCAUUGGUUACUGUGGAUGUUUUGUCAGUUUAACAUUGGAUGAACUUGAGGCUUAGAAAUGAAAAGAAAAAAGCUUUGUUGUCUCAUUAAAUCUUCAGUGAGGCUUUCUCUGGCCCUCGUUGGUCGAUAUUUAUGGUCAUCUUCCAUCACUGGCUGAGUUGCUGAUGCUGCUGAAAUAAAAAUCCUGACUAAA